AUGGGGGAGCACAGCACCACAGGUGCUGCAGGGAACUUUCUGUGCCCAGCCAGCGCCCUGUCCUUCAACGCCUUCAAGACCGUGAUAGAUAUCGACACCAUCGGCACCUUCAACACCUCCAAAGUCCUCUUUGAGAAGUAUUUCCGGGACCACGGCGGGGUCAUCGUUAACAUCACGGCAACCCUCAGCUACCGAGGGCAGGCCCUCCAGGCGCACGCUGGUGCUGCUAAAGCUGCCAUAGAUGCCAUGACCCGUCACCUCGCUGUGGAGUGGGGACCCAACAACAUCCGGGUGAACAGCUUGGCACCGGGCCCCAUUACUGGCACCGAGGGCUACCGGCGGCUGGGUGGGAAAUUUGCUGAGGAAAGUCGCCAGUUCGACACGAUCCCCCUCCAGCGUGCGGGGAACAAGACGGAGAUCGCCCACAGCACGCUGUACCUGGCGAGCCCCCUCUCCUCCUACGUGACGGGCACCACCCUGGUCGUGGACGGCGGGAGCUGGCUGACCUCAGCCAACGACUUCCCCGCCUUGCUGGAUUUCUGGGCGGCAGGAGCAAACCAGAAUCAAUGAUGGACAGCCUGAGACUGACCGAUGGACAGAAACGUGACCGAACGCUGCUGCUCUGGGACAUCUCGGGGUGACGUC